AAAGAAUUAUAUUUAUGGAUGUUGUCUUGAUCGAUCGGCGAUUGCAUUCUCGCAACUGACAGGAGAUGGGAAAGCGCUAGCCACUAUUUACACUGGCACCAGUGAAUUCCUUGCGUAUACAGAAGAACUUAAACAUAAAGUUAAUCACAAAGAUUUGAAUGUUGGUGGCAAACUUACCAAAGCACGGCUUCCCGCCUUAUCGUUUGCUCCGGAUGCACGCGACCCGCGCUGUCCUACAAUGGCGCCAGUACAUUUGUC